AUGUCGACACUGCUGCUGCGGGUUUGUCUGCUUCUUCUCUCUGGGAUCACCGCAGGUCAAACUGGACCAUGGAGAUCUUGCACAGAUCUGCUACCUCUCGAUUUCCUGUCGCGGAUGCUUCCAGGGAGCGUGGAGAGCCUCAGAGGAGUGCGCAUGGUUCAGGAUGAAGGCGCCCGAGGCCUUCAGCUGGCUGGAUCCCAUCAGGACCUCAGCUUCCCUGCCUCACAGCUGUUUAUAAACUGUGACCUCUUCCCAGUGGAGUUCUCCAUUGUGGUCACCCUCAAGAUCUCUCGCCUGGCCCCCCAGAAAAAUGAGUACAUCUUCACGCUGGUGCAGGAGGCCUCAGACCGCAUACUGCUGGGGUUACGUUUCUCCCAGGACAGGCUUCACUUCCUGUUCAUGGGCCCGGCUGGCAGAGACAGGCUCACAUUCAAGGCAAUACAGCUGGUGGAUAACCACUGGCACACGCUGGUGCUGGCUGUCACAGGGAGCUACGCCACCCUCACCAUGGACUGCAACAGGCUCCUGGAACUGAAGCAUGAGAGAUCCUUCCCAGCAGCCCUCAGCACUCAGGGAUCCAGGUUCUACAUCGGGAGCCGCAGAAGAUGGAAGGGGAAGUUUACGGGACUGAUACGACAGCUGGUUCUGUUGUCCGGAUCAGACGCCACUUCACGAAUCUGUCCCUCCACAAACCCCAAACUGGCCGUUCUCUCUGUUCCCACGGCACUGCAGCAGCUUCCCAUUCAGCCCUUCAAGAAGGAAGCCCUGAUGUACCCAUAUGAAGCUGAUCUGAGGGUGACCCUGGGGAAACGGCCCCUCUGCACACCCAGUGGGCGGGGCCAGCUGUGGUUUGAUUCGCUGAGGAGGGGCCUGUUCCUGUGCGACAGUGUGGCAUGGGUUCCCCUGCUGGAAGAGAAAGAGAGGCUGGAUUAUGUGGAAGAUUAUCAAGACCUCUACACCAACUCUGAGACGUUUGACAUAGAGGUUUUCCAGAUCCCAUCCGUGGGGCUUUUUGCAGCAACUGCCAACAGAGAGUCCAGGCCUGGUUCUGGAAUUUACAAAUGGACAGAUGGGAGGUUUGUCCCAUACCAGAACAUCAGCACUAAUGAAGCACUGGCCUGGAAAUACUUCACUGUGGACAGCAAGAUGUUCCUGGCAGUUGCGAAUUCGAGAGGGCACAGCAAUGGGGAUGGAGAGCAUUCUGUGAUCUAUAAGUGGAGCGAGCGGAAGCUGAAGUUCCUGCGCUACCAGACGCUGGAGACUCACAGCGCACGCGACUGGGAGGCCUUCUACAUCCAGGGCGAGGCCUUCCUCGCUGUGGCCAAUCACAGACAAGGAGACAACAACCAUAAUAUUAAUAGUGUGAUCUACAAGUGGAACCCAAGCACUAAGGCCUUCCAAGUGAACCAGACCAUCCGAACCUCAGGGGCCUAUGACUGGGAGUUCUUCAGUGUGGGGCCUUAUCACUUCCUGGUGGUGGCAAACACCUUCAACGGAGCUUCCACAUACGUCCACUCCAUCAUCUACAUCUGGCUGGGGGGAAUGUUUCAGCCCUUCCAAGCUAUCAGGACCUUUGGGGCAACAGACUGGGAGAUGUUUCAGAUCGAGAACAGGAUCUUCCUGGCAGUGGCUAAUGGUCAGAAGUUAUAUGAAACAGGUCCCAGCCUCUACGCGAUCAAUUCCACCAUCUAUGAGCUCGACAUGACCACAAAGACUUUCCUCAAAUUCCAAGACAUUGCCACCUAUAGUGCAGUGGACUGGGAGUUCUUCACCCUGGGAGAUGAGAAGUUCCUGGUGGUGGCCAAUUCUUAUGAUGGAACAUCUCACUCUUUAAACAGUGUUAUGUACAGGUGGCAGGGAUACGAGGGCUUUGUCCCCAUUCACUGGCUGCCCACCACCGGGUGCAGGGACUGGGAAUACUUCACCUCCUCAGAGGGCUCCUAUCUCAUCUACUCCAGUGCUACACAGCCCCUGUCCAAGGUCUUCAGGCUGAAAAUGUACUGA